AUGUCCGAGGAACAAAAUAUAGAAAAGGAUGAUAGCAUCGUAGCAGAUUCUCCUGCUUCGAAUCAAAAGGAGAGAAGAAAGAUUGAAAUUAAAUUCAUAGAAAACAAAACAAGACGUCAUGUUACUUUUUCUAAGAGAAAGCAUGGUAUUAUGAAGAAAGCUUUUGAAUUGUCGGUCUUAACUGGUACUCAAGUGUUGCUACUUAUCGUCUCUGAGACAGGGUUGGUAUAUACUUUCAGUACGCCUAAAUUCGAACCAAUUGUUACUCAACAGGAAGGUAGAAAUUUGAUUCAGGCAUGUCUGAACGCUCCUGAUGAAGAUGAAGAGGAAGAGGAAGAAGGUGAUGAAGAAGAAGACGUUGAUGAUGCGGGUGAAAAUAAUAACAGAGGUGGAUCGGUAGAUAAUAUUAAUAUUGAUCCAAGAAAUCAUGAUAAUAUGGUAAAUGUUCAAAAUAAUAAUAAUGUUAACAUUGACCAAUCUAAUUUAAUUAGCCAAGCAUACCACCCAAAUCAAAUUCAAUCACAAAUUCAACAACUUGGCUUGCCAAAUCCAGUCACAGAUUUAUUUAAUCUGCCGACGAAUGAUCAAUCCUUCCAGAACCAGAAAGUAGCUUAUGGUAAAGUGGAAGAUGUUCCAAACGGCAAGUAUGCCCAAUAUUUUGAACAACAAAACCAAGUAUAA